AUGAAAGAUACUGAUAUACCACUUCGAACAACACAAGUUUUUCGUCAAGCAUGGAAUUUAGUACGAAGAACAACAAAAUAUAGAAUUAUAUCGAUUGACAAACCUGAUGCUCAUCUAUUUGAUAUGAUUCCAAAAAAUUGGGCAUACAAUUUUUCAUUACAGAGUCCACCACAUCGAAUCAAUGGUAAUGAUACAGUCAUUAUCGCAUGGGAACCAGCUGAUUAUUCGAAAUGUAUGGAUUGUGUAAUAUAUACACCAGAACGGCUUACUUUUAAUGAUAAAAAUUUUCAACAAAAACAAACACUUACUUUUACUUGUGUUAAAAAUGGGAGUGUAACUUUAAUUCCAAAUUUUUCUGGUAGUAUAUUCGAUACAAUUACACCAGGAUACAAUGCUAUUUAUAUUGACUAA